CUGAGCCUCAGACACACAUUGGAGAUGAAUUCUUACAAUCGAGCUUUAAUGAAGCUCACGAGCAAGUGGACAGGGCUGUUAAUGACACAAUAAGUCAGCUGUUCCAAAGAGAGCGAAACAGUUCACCAAAUCCUCAUGAACUGCUGAGAAUAUUUCGGUUUCCAACCGGAGAAGGAAGAGAAAUUGCCAGAGCUGCUGAGAAGAUUGAGCAGACCUUGAGGAUCGUGAAGACUCACGUGGAAUCUGGAAUGGUUUUCAAUUUAACAAGUUACAAUUAUCAAGACCUUCUUUCUCCAGAAAAGUUAAUACUUCUGACAAAUUUGUCUGGAUGCUUGUCACACAGACGAACUGUUCAUUGCUAUGAUAUGUGCUUCCAUAAUAAGUAUAGGACCAUAGAUGGCACUUGCAAUAAUCUACGGAAUCCAUUAUGGGGGUCGUCCUUAACUGGGUUUAGGCGAAUCCUUCCUCCCAUUUAUGAAAAUGGGUUCAAUACACCCAUAGGGUGGUCCAAAACUAAACGUUAUCACGGGUUUUUCAAACCAAGUGCUAGGUUGGUAUCCACUCGCAUCAUUAGCACUGAAGAAGUCUCUCCUGAUCACCACUGUACACACAUGCUGAUGCAGUGGGGACAAUUCUUGGAUCAUGACAUUGACCAUGCACUUCCAUCAAUAUCUUCAGAGAGUUUUCAUGAUGGAGUCAGUUGCCAAAGGUCAUGUGACUAUGCUCCGCCAUGCUUCCCAAUUGAGAUCCCACCAGAUGACCCUCGUAUUCGUCAUCAUCGUUGCAUGGAAUUCACAAGGUCCUCUGGAAUUUGUGGUUCAGGAAUGACAUCUGUGUUUUUCAAUACUGUGUUACCAAGGGAACAAAUUAACCAGCUCACAUCUUAUAUCGAUGGCUCUCAGGUAUAUGGGUCAAGCGCAGGAGAAAUGAGGUUACUCCGUAAUUUGACAAAUAACAUUGGCGACUUACGCACAGGAAUUUUAAUGUCCUCAGGAAAACCCCUCAUGCCUUUUAGUGAUGGUGCUCCAGUAGACUGUCGACGAGACCUGAGUGAGAGCGCGAUUGACUGUUUCGUAGCUGGUGAUAUUAGGGCAAAUGAACAGUCUGGCUUAACUGCAAUGCAUACACUUUGGUUCAGAGAGCACAAUAGAGUUGCUCAAGCAAUGAGAGAACUUAAUCCACACUGGGAUGGAGAUAUGGUAUUUCAUGAAGCAAGAAAGGUUGUUGGUGCUGAGAUGCAACACAUUACUUAUACACAUUGGAUGAAGCACAUUUUAGGUCCACAGGGAAUGGAGAUGUUAGGGGAAUAUAAAGGCUAUGAUCCAUCCAUCAACCCUACAGUUAGUAAUGUGUUUGCUACUGCAGCUUACAGGUUUGGGCACUCACUUAUCAACCCAAUCCUUCAUCGCCUGAAUGCUACAUUCCAGCCUAUAGCUGAAGGCCAUUUACCUUUGCACAAGGCUUUCUUUAGCCCUUGGCGUAUUGUACAGGAAGGAGGUAUUGACCCUCUACUUAGAGGCCUUUUUGCCACUCCAGCUAAACUAAAGAUACCUGGGCAGUUCCUGAACACGGAGCUCACAGAAAAGUUAUUCCGUGCAGCUCAUGAGGUAGCACUUGACCUUGCGUCACUGAAUAUCCAGAGAGGUAGAGAUCACGCUCUCCCUGGUUACACUGAGUACCGACGAAUUUGUAACCUUUCUGUACCUGAAGACUUUGACGAACUAGCUGACGAUAUAUCUUCAGUAGAAAUCCGUGAAAAACUCAAACAGCUGUAUGGUCAUCCAGGUAAUGUUGAUGUGUGGGUUGGAGGAUUAUUAGAAGAUCGUCUUGAUGGAGCACGAGUGGGGCCAACAUUCCUUUGCUUACUUGUAGAGCAAUUUAGAAAAUUACGUGAUGGUGACAGAUUUUGGUACGAGAGUCCAUCUGUGUUCACUUCGGAGCAACUGGCACAAAUAAGACAAAUUACUUUAGGCCGAGUGUUGUGCGAUAAUGGUGAUGAGAUCAAUGAUGUGACACCAGAUGUAUUUGUGUUGCCAAGAGAGCAGACUCCAGCUUUUAUACCAUGCAGUGAUGUACCGAUUGUUGACCUGCGCAUGUGGAAAGAAUGUUGCUCAGAUUGUCGUAACUCGGGAAAUUUUCACCGACUGUCAGAUCCUGGUGUUCGUUUUCGACGGCAGACAGACUUUACCCAUGUUGAAGACAGGGAACAUGAAUUAAUGGGUAUUGAUGACGAUGAACAAAUUAUCUUUCCGGAGUAUUCUUCACCUAGAACUUUUAAAUACAAUCCAAGGAAUUCCUCCGUUACAUCAGAGAGUUCUUACCAACAUUCUUACAGCUUUAAUGGACUCUUGUCUGAAGACUCUUCUAAUGAAAGUGAAGAUGAAGAAAUCAUUGUUGAUGAUUUUGGAACUUACGAACAAGACAUGACUGAACAACGAAUAGAGGGUAUUGAGGUCUUGGUUGAGCAACUCUCAAAAACAGUUAUGGAGCUGAACAAAAAGGUUGAUACAUUGGAAAAAAUGUGUGAUGGCAAUAUUCGGAAAAAAAAGAUAUGCAAAGAUGAAGACGGUAGAGAACGCAGACAGAGGGAAAUCUGGAAAAAAGAUCCAUGCACUUCUUGUAGAUGUCGG